AUGAUGCUGAUUUUCUUCGUAUAUUUCGCUGCUUUCACCACGUCUACAAAUUCCUAUAAGUUUCUGAUUUACAGUCCAUUUCUCGGACAUAGUCAUGUUAAUUUCCUUGGUAAUAUGGCAGAUGUACUUUCGGAAGCAGGACACGAUGUGACAGUAGUUAUGCCCGAAAUGGAUGAAGAACAGCUGGAGCGGACUGGAACGAAAAUAACUAAACGCAUUAUACGAACACCGGGAGAUCCAAGAAGCUCGCAGUUGUUGAAAGAAGCGACACUAAAGGACACUUUUUGGUCAAAGCCUACCUCUCCUUUCACGAUGCUUCAAAUGAUGAACAGUCUUAGCAACAUCCUUGCUUGGCAGUGUGAAACACUCAUCAACGACGAUGAUCUUCUGCAAAUGCUAGAAAAUGAGAAAUUUGAUGUCGGGAUUUCAGAAGCUUAUUACAUUUGCGGGCUUGGAUUGUUUGAGGCCCUCAAAAUACCGAGUACCAUUGCUGUUGUUUCUAAUACUCAUAUGGAUUCAGUGUUGUAUGCCAUCGGAGAACCCAACUUUCCAAGUUUUAUGCCAAGUGUGAUGGGCACAACAGGAGAUAAAAUGACGUUUGUUGAGAGGCUUAAGAACGUUGUCGCUCUGGUAAUAAGCAGGACUAUCGUAGCUUAUCUCAAUAACAAUGAGGUGACAGUCUUGAGAAAAAAAUACGCUACGUUCAAGGACUCUACGGAUUUGAUUGCCCAAUCAUCAUUUAUCUUCACGAAUUCAAAUCCUUAUCUGGAUUAUCCGCGUCCCACACUUCAUAAAACGAUAACGAUAGGUGGAUUUGCUGUUACGAGGAGUCUGAAAGAGGCGCAUGCUCUGGACGAGGAAUGGAACUCUGUUUUGAACGCUCGCCCACGUACGGUCUUGGUUUCCUUCGGAUCGGUAACGAAAUCGAUCUACAUGCCGGAAAAUUUCAAGAAAACUUUACUGGACGUGUUUGCCUCGAUGCCUGAAACCACAUUUGUAUGGAAAUAUGAAGACCCAACGAAUAUUACGAUCACCGAAUCUCAUACUAAUGUUUUCCUUAGCGAAUGGGUGCCACAAAUUCCUCUUCUAAAAGAUGAACGCCUAACAGCAUUUAUCACUCAUGGUGGGAUUGGAAGUACAAACGAAGUAGCAUUUACGGGUAAACCUGCCAUAGUGGUUCCGAUAUUUGGUGAUCAAAUGCGAAAUUCUCAUAUGCUGGCUAAACACGGAGGAGCACUACUACUUGAAAAGUCCGAACUAGGUGACUUCAACAAACUGAGGAACGCACUCCAAGAAGUGCUCGAUAACCCAAGUUAUGCUAAAAACGCUAUGCUACUUUCGCAAAUUCUCCACAACCAGCCAAUUUCUCCCCAGGAGUUGCUCCUUAGACAUGCCGAAUUUGCGUCCUAA